AAACAACACAUUAGUUUUCAAACUAAUAAAUAGUGAUUAACAAUGAUCAUUUCCUGAAAUUGUUACAAAAUUUAUAGAGAAAACAACCCAAGACAAAUCUGCUUUAUCACACUUAUCGUCAUGUUUAUACAAGUACCAACAAUACCUAUGUAAAUUUAAUUAAUCCAUUUAAGCAAAACCGUUUUAUAUAAAAUUCUGCUCGCACUUUCAUUCCACAUGUGCUACUAGCAAAUCUGACGUUUUUACCAUGGACGUGACAACAUCUACACCCGUGGCAACAGCAGUACUUAGUGCUGUUGCCAAUCUUACCAAAGUUACAUUUUCCUGGUACGACUACAUUCUGUUUUCGGUGAUGUUACUUCUUAGUGCCAUUAUUGGAAUCUACUUCGGUUGCUUUGGUAGUAAGCAAUCAACAGCCAACGAGUACCUCAUGGGUGGAAAAACCAUGAAGGUUAUUCCUAUUGCCAUCUCUCUAGUAGCAAGUCACACUUCUGGAAUCACUCUUUUAGCGUUACCAGCCGAUGUCUAUCGGUAUGGUGCUGCAUAUUGGCUAGGAGGAAUCUCUAUGGCGAUUCUUUGCGUCGUCACUAUUUACGUGUACUUACCUGUAUUUUUCAAUUUACAACUAAUCAGUACUUACGAGUACCUGGAGAGACGGUUUGACAACAGAACAAGACUGUUUGCUUCUUUUCUAUACGCCGUAUCUGUUUUUCUCUAUUUACCAAUAGUAGUUUACAUUCCUGCUUUAGCUUUCUCAGCUGCUACUGGCCUCAACGUCCAUUUUAUAACACCUCUAGUUUGUGGUAUAUGCAUUUUUUACACAACCAUCGGUGGUUUGAAGGCAGUAGUAUGGACCGACACACUUCAAUUCUCUGUAACAAUUGGUGCUAUAGCAACUGUUUUUGUGUUAGGUGUUAAAUCAGCUGGUGGCUUCAGCCACGUUUGGAAUAAAGCACUGGAAGGUCACAGAAUUGAUCUCUUUGAUUUCGAUCUUGACCCAACGAAACGUGAAAGCUUUUGGAUUGUUGUUAUUGGUUUGACAGUCCAUUGGUUAGCUCAGGUCGCGAUUCAUCAAAGUUGCGUCCAAAAAUUUUUAGCAAUAUCUACAAUACGACAAUCUAAUAUGUCUGUAAUUUUCUUUACUACUGGAAUGACACUGAUGAAGACUGCAAGCGUUCUAACGGGUUUCGUCAUGUAUGCCAAGUACUCCGACUGUGAUCCUUUCACCACCAAACAAGUCACCAGAAACGACCAGUUAUUACCAUACUAUGUUAUGGAUGUCGCUAGAAAUAUACCAGGCCUUUCAGGUAUUUUUAUAGCAGGAGUGUUUAGUGCAGCGUUGAGUACCCUUUCAGCUACUCUGAAUUGUCUAGCUGGAACGAUAUACGAAGACUUUGUCAGCAGAUUCGUCAAGAAAAAUAUUUCCCAAAAAUCUGUUAGCAACAUUCUGAAAAUUAUUGUAGUGAUAACUGGAGUGCUAUGUACCGCUCUAGUUUUUGCCAUUGAACAUAUGGGAGGUUUGUUAAAACUGUCGAUUAGUUUUAAUGCUGUGACGCAAGGGCCUUUGUUAGCAAUGUUUACACUAGGGAUGCUUUUCCCUAGAGCGAACUCCAAAGGUGCACUCUAUGGAGGUAUCGGGGGUCUUAUCUUACUCUCUGCUCUAGUUUUUCCUGCCAAAUAUUUUGAAAUGUUGGGACUUUUCAAGUAUCCCCCAAAACCACUUUCAACUGAUGGUUGUGAUUUUCUGAAUACUACUAGUUUAGUGUUGAACACGACACUUGCCGAAACUACUACUCCUAUAGACAGUUUUGUAACUGAAUCUUUCACGAACGAGUCGGUACCAUUUCAAGUACCUUUUAUAUUCAGAAUCUCUUACUACUAUUACACUUUAAUAGGUUGUGCUAUGAGUAUGAUAAUAGGAAUAAUUAUUAGUUACAUGACAAAUAAGGACCAGUGUCCUGUGGAUAAAGCUCUUUUGAGUCCUGUAAUUUAUUCGUUCUUGCCAGAAGAUUCCAAAAAGAAUGGUGCCAUAGUGUACACCAGUGUCGAAAAAGCUCUGCACACGUUAAGUCCUAGAACAGAAAAGGAAAACGCCACUGUUACAAAUUGAAUUAUUAAUAUGUGCGGCGGUGAUGGGUGACUCAUCAUUGGUGACGGCGGCCAUGCGGCGUUCGCAUAAAGACAAGUCUGGAGCAGGUUACCGGAAGUCUCGAUUGCAGCGUCCAGAAUCCAGAGGAAUGUAUGACUUUUAACAGAGGCCACCUUCGGGAACAGAUUAUUCAGUCGAGUCGAGUCGAGUCCAGAGAAUGUUGAGCAGAGCCAGUCAAGUUGCGCCGAAAUUAUUUUGUACAUAAUCGCUGUGUAACUAGACGUGUAAAUUCGAGUUACUAAGAAAUACAUUGUUGAGUUUGA